AUGUUCAGAAGUGGAAUCAGAUGGAUCUGCAGCAGUUCUGCGGCACUUAAAGGUCCUCGGAAUUAUGUGAAUCGGAAAACCGGACGAGGAUGCGGGAACGCAGUUCUGCCGAGGUUCGAGUGGAGAUACGACAAGGCUCUGGGCAAGAAUUUCCAGAAAGAGAUGGGCGUCCGAUUCGGAAUCGACACGGGCCUAGAGGACCGUCUCCUGCUCGUCUCCCUCGGCUCGCGACAACGACGUCUGGACGACAAGAAAAUGAAUCAACUGAGCAGAAUCAUGGAGGAGCGCAUCGGAGAAGUGAUGGCGACGGACGAGACACUCGGACAGCUGCAGCUGCAGAUCAGUCGAGUACGCGUCGAUCGAUCGUUCUCGCAAGUGACCGUCAGCUGGAUGUGUCGAGGAGAGAGCGAUUUGGAAGUUACGGAGACUCUUGAAAAAAUGAGACAUCAGAUCAGACGACGAGUCGGCGAAAUGAUCGGAGUGACGUGUCCCGAAGUGAAGUUCAUCGGGGACAAGAGUCUUCUGAUGGAGCAAGAAAUGGACCGACUGUUCAGAGAAGCCGACUACGGAAUGGACUAUCGGUUGCUGAGCGAGAGUGCGCGAGUACUUGGGAAUGUGAAAGAAGAGGAGAAGCCGGCAGCGGAGAGGGAGAGACGGAGAAACCCGCCGAAAUGGGUGAAGCCAAAAAAUGACAACUAG